GGAGGCAGCCGCGCCCCCCCCCGGCCCGGCCCCCCCCUCCUCCCGCCGCCCCCUCGCCCCCGCCGGGCCGCGGAGCUGCGAUGCCCUCGGACUUCAUCUCUCUGCUCAGCGCCGACCUCGACCUCGAGUCCCCCAAGUCGCUCUACUCCAAGGAAUCUGUCUAUGACCUUCUCCCGAAGGAGCUGCAGUUACCACCUUCCAGAGAAACAUCCAUAGCAUCCAUGAGCCAAACAAGCGGUGGUGAGGCCGGCUCGCCGCCUCCAGCUGUAGUUGCUGCUGAUGCUUCUUCAGCUCCCUCCUCUUCCUCCAUGGGCGGCGCUUGCAGCUCCUUUACCACCUCUUCCAGCCCUACCAUUUACUCUACCUCAGUCACCGACAGCAAGGCUAUGCAAGUGGAGAGCUGCUCCGCCGUGGGGGUAAGUACCCGAGGGGUAAGUGAGCCGCAGAUAACCAGUAACACAGCCCAGCAGCAGCCGGCCACGCCGAAGCGCCACACGGUCCUCUACAUCUCGCCACCGCCCGAGGACCUCCUGGACAACAGCCGGAUGUCCUGCCAGGAUGAGGGCUGUGCACUGGAGUCAGAGCAGAGCUGCAGUAUGUGGAUGGAGGAUUCACCCUCCAACUUCAGUAACAUGAGCACCAGUUCCUACAAUGAUAACACUGAGGUGCCACGUAAAUCGCGCAAGCGCAACCCAAAGCAGAGGCCAGGGAUCAAACGCCGAGAUUGCGAAGAGUCCAACAUGGAUAUCUUUGAUGCCGACAGUGCCAAAGCGCCUCACUAUGUCCUUUCUCAGCUCAGCACGGACAGCAAAAGCAACUCAAAAGCAGGAAAUGGAGCAUCAGAGAACCAGAAGGGAGCAGGAGGGAAGAAGACCCCAAUGUUGUGUGGUCAGUACCCGACCAAGAGCGAGGGGAAGGAGCUGAAGAUCAUGGUGCAGCCGGAGACCCAGCACAGGGCCCGGUACCUGACCGAGGGCAGCCGGGGCUCCGUCAAGGACCGCACGCAGCAGGGCUUCCCCACGGUGAAGCUGGAAGGCCACAACGAGCCCGUGGUGCUGCAGGUGUUUGUGGGGAACGACUCUGGGCGCGUGAAGCCGCACGGGUUCUACCAGGCGUGCAGGGUGACGGGCAGGAACACCACGCCCUGCAAGGAGGUGGACAUCGAGGGCACCACCGUCAUCGAGGUGGGGCUGGACCCCAGCAACAACAUGACUCUGGCGGUUGAUUGUGUGGGAAUCCUGAAGCUGAGGAAUGCAGAUGUGGAAGCCAGGAUAGGCAUUGCUGGCUCCAAGAAGAAGAGCACCCGCGCUCGGCUCGUCUUUCGCGUCAACAUCACGCGCAAGGACGGCUCCACCCUGACCCUGCAGACACCUUCUUCCCCAAUUCUGUGCACUCAGCCAGCGGGAGUCCCAGAGAUCCUAAAGAAAAGUCUCCACAGCUGUUCAGUGAAGGGUGAAGAGGAAGUUUUUCUGAUUGGCAAGAACUUCCUAAAGGGAACAAAAGUGAUUUUCCAAGAGAAUGUUUCCGAUGAGAAUUCUUGGAAGGCAGAAGCUGAAAUUGACAUGGAAUUAUUUCAUCAGAAUCACCUUAUUGUGAAGGUGCCACCAUAUCACGACCAGCAGAUCACCUCAGCUGUCUCUGUGGGGAUCUACGUGGUGACCAACGCUGGGCGGUCUCACGAAGUGCAGCCCUUCACCUACACCCCAGAGCCAGCUGGGACUCUGAAUGUUAAUGUGAAGAAGGAAAUCUCCAGCCCAGCCCAACAUUGUUCUUUUGAAGAGGCUAUGAAAGCAGUGAAGGCCACGGGCUGUAACCUGGAGAAGGUGAACAUUCUUCCUAGUGCCUUGAUAACCCCGCUCAUGCCAAGCAGUAUGAUCAAGAACGAGGAUGUGGCUCCAAUGGAAGCUUCAAAUGUGGUUGGACCAACACAGCAAACAUUGGAAAACAGCAUGUCUGGCAUAUCAACUUCUGCUUCCCAUUUACCUUCUGAAAGUGAAAACCAGCAGCAAAUCCAGCCCAAGGUGUACAACCCCGAGACCCUGAGCACGAUCCAAACGCAGGACAUUUCCCAGCCCGGCAGCUUCUCCUCGGUGUCGGCGCCGGGCCAGCUGCAGAACAGCGACGCGCUGCUGCAGCAGGCUGCCCAGUUCCAGCCCAGGGAGUCGCAGCCCCGGGAGGUGCUGCAGUCGGACGGCACGGUGGUGACCCUCUCACAGCUGGCUGAUGCCUCCCAGCAGCAGCCGCCGACGCUGCCGGAGCCGGCCCAGGCCCUGCAGCAGCAGAUUUCCUCCAGCAUCUUCUCGUCGGCCAGCGGCGUGAGUCAGCUCCAGAACACCAUCCAGCAGCUCCAGGCCGGGAACUUCCCCACCAACACCGCCACCGGCAGCAACAGGAACGUGGACUUGGUGCAGCAGGUUCUGGAGGCUCAGCAGCAGUUAUCUUCCGUUCUGUUUUCAGGCUCAGACAGCAGCGAGGAUGUCCAAGAUCAGCUGAACGCAGAUAUCUUUCAGCAGGUCAGCCAGAUCCAGAGCAGCGUGAAUCCCGGGAUGUUCUCCUCCUCAGACACAGCUGUCCAUUCCAGACCGGAGAGCCUCUUGCCCGGACGAGCUGAGAACGUUCACCCCCAGCCUGAAGGUGCCCUGUCCAGCCAGCAGCAGCAGCAGCAGCAGCAGCAGCAGGCCAUGGAGACGUCGGCGGCCAUGGUGAUGGGCAUGCAGCAGAACAUGUGCCAGGCGGCCACGCAGAUGCAGCCGGACCUGUUCUCCUCCAGCACGGCGGGGAACGGCGCCCUGCAGCAGUCCCCGGUGUACCAGCAGGCGUCCCACAUGAUGGGGGGGCUGUCCCCCAGCGAGGACAUGCAGAUGCAGUGCGAGCUGUUCUCCUCGUCCCCGGGCGUGGCGGGCGGCGAGGCGCCCGCGCCCGCGCAGCAGCCGGGCUCCAGCAGCGGCCCGGCCCUGUUCCAGCCCGCCAGCUCUGCAGAGGGAGAGGAGGCCUCGGGGCAGGGCAAACAGAUGCAGAGCUCUGUGUUCCAGACCAUGGUUCAGAUGCAGCACGGCGGGGAAAGCCAGUCCCAGGUUAAUCUCUUCUCGUCUACCAAGACCAUGAUGAGCGUCCAGGGCAGCGGGACUCAGCAGCAGGGCGGGGCUCUGUUCCAGCAAGGUGGAGAAAUGAUGUCCAUUCAGUCGGGAAGCUUCAUCCAGCAGUCUCCACACUCACAAGCUCAGCUUUUCCACUCUCAGAACCCUAUUGGUGACACUCAGAAUAUAUCCCAGGAAACACAAGGAUCCCUUUUUCAUAGCUCUAAUUCCAUUGUCCACAACCAGACCAACACUAAUUCCUCUGACCAACUGCAGCCCCCGAUGUUCCACUCACAGAAUGCCAUGGGUGUCUUGCAGAGCUCCUCGGUGCCUCAAGACCAGCAGUCUGCCAACAUGUUCCUUUCCCAGAGUUCCAUGAGCAACCCUGCCACUCAGGAAGAGCAGAUGUCAUUCUUUACGAGCCCAAAUCCCAUUUCUCCUCUUCAGACAGCAACAAACACUGAACAGCAGCCUUCUUUCCAGCAGCAGACACAGAUCUCUCAUAUGCAGAGCUCCAUGCUUCCCCAGGAGCAGCCGCAGACUCAGCCUGCUCAGCAGGGUUUGUUUCAGUCCCAGGUGUCACUGGGCUCCAUCCAGUCCAGCUCCAUCCCUCAGAACCAGCAAGGAGCCAUCUUCCAGCCUCAGCAUUCGAUCGUUGCUAUCCAGAGCAGCCCUCCAUCUCAGGAGCAGCAGCAGCAGCAGCAGCAGAACAUGAUGUUCAGCAACCAAAGUGCAAUGAGUACAAUGGCCUCCCAAAAGCAGAACAUGAUCUUCAAUCCAAGUCAAAACCCGGUUACCAAUCAGGAGCAGCAAGGCCAGUCCAUUUUCCAUCCACAGUCCAACAUGGCCUCGAUGAAUCAGGAGCAGCAGCCCAUGCAAUUCCAGAGUCAGACCACAGUGUCUCCUCUCCAGAAUCCUGGCUCCAACCAGGCUGAAGCACAGCAGCCAACCAUCUUCCAUAACUCGCCCCAGAUUCAGCUGGUCCAAGGGUCCCCAAGUUCUCAAGAGCAACAAGUCACCCUCUUCAUCUCCUCAGCUUCCAUGUCUGCCCUGCAGAGCAGCAUGAGCCAGCCGGAGCUGCAGCAGUCCCCCAUGUACUCCUCCCAAAACAGCAUGGCAGGAAUGCCCGGAACUGCCUCUCCUCCCCAGCAGCAGGCUCCUCUGUUCCACAACACGGCGGGAGCUGCCAUCAACCAGCUGCAGAAUUCCCCUGCCUCGUCCCAGCAGACAUCGGGGAUUUUCCUGUUCGGCAUCCAGAACAACUGUGGGCAGCUGCUGCCCCCCGGCCCGGCGGCGCUGCCCGAGGAGCUGAUGGCCAUGGGGCAGCCCGGGCAGCCGCAGGGCGAGGCGCAGCCCGCCGUGCCCGCGCUGCUGUCCCAGCCGCUCCCCGAGACGCCGCCGCUGCCCCCGGCCAUGGCCACCAACCAGAACAUGGAGAAGAUCGACGACCUGCUCGUGUCCUUGCAGAACCAGGGCAACAACAUGGCUGGCUCCUUUUAAUCAGGCAAGUGAAAUUCCGUGGAGAAAAAAAAGCGACGAUUUCCCAGAUCUUCUCAGACCUUCCAACUCUGGAUUAGGCUGCGUGGAACCAAUUGCUUCUGUGGAAAAGUGGCCUCUUUAAAGAGCACACGCGUGGCCAGUGGCAGACCUGAGGCCAUGACCAUGGAAUUUGGGCUCCACAGUGCCAAUAAUGCUGAGGAGUUAUGCUUUGUGUUACUGGGGCAUGGGGUUGGGCUGUUACCAGGUUCAGAAACCUCAUUACAGUGGGGGCUCUUGGAAUUUAAAGCAUAUCUGGUCAGUUAUUAUUGUUGUUGGAAGGUAAUCCAUGUUACCACGUUUACUUUUUCCCUCCUGUUCCUUCUUCACAUCCCUUUUUUCCCUCAGGAAGCUCGUGCAGCAGACACAGCAGCUGCCUGUGCCCCGAGCCUCAGUAAGUGAAGGGAUCUCUGGAUUGACACGGAGUGGGAGAGCCAAACCCACCCUUUCUGAAUUGGAAGUACUGAUAACUGUAAGAACCAAGCAGAGAAUUGCUGCUGACAGUAACCAGUUCCCAUCUGAGGAUGGGAUGAAUGGUUUUCCACAUCCCUUACGUGGAGCUGUACAGAGAGCAAGGGUUUGGGGGCUCUACAAAAUGAAGAAAUGAAGGGGAACUUCCAAUCGAUCUUAAAAUCUUCUCUAGAACACCUUCAGCUUGAAAAGAGCAUUAUGUGGCUGAGGAGGGGACUCCUCUGUGUGUCUCACUCUGAUGGGUUAGAGCUCUGUAAAGCCUCAUGAGCUGUUCCCAAACCUUCUCCCUUUCGUUCUUUCCAUGGUUUUCCUUCUCUCCCUCAGUUUUGUAUUGUGUUUUUUUAAAAAAAGACAUAGAUAUCCUACUGGCUUUAAAGCUAAAGAAACAGCUUUUAGGAAUCCUUGGCAGCAAAUUGCUUAGUCAGUAGAAGCUUUGACAAAUAAUCAAGGAGUAAGGAGAGAGGAAGCAAUUUCUCCACCACCUUCUAAACGCAGCCAUCCCCCUUACCCCGCCACUUCCAGCUGUGACUGAUGGAAAUCUUCAGCUUGGCUUUACUCCAAGUAGGGGGCAAAUUGCAUCAUUUUUAAGCCUUCUUAAAAGGUCACUUCAUCCUGAGCUGUCGCAUCUCUGUAGCACAUGGAGCUCAUCGCGGUUCUGAAGUGAUUUUUCCUUUUUCUACCACCGAGCCCCGAGUCUGGUUUCUGAUUGUCCUGUUUGAUUAAGGAAUAAACCCUUGACUGAUGUUACCGAAUGUAAAAACAACCCACUCCAGACCACGCAGGUGUAUUGUGAGGCAUGUGGAUUUUUUGGGUGCUUCAAUCUCCGGGCAGUGUGUGAUCUCUCACUGCAGCCUCGCUCAGAUCCGUGUUCUCCCGGGGCCGAGCCGCUCCCGGCAGAGCGUAGCUGGUAUCACGUCAUUUUUGUUAUUUGAAAUAACAAAAGAACAGUCUGUAAAUGGGGUUUUUUUUAAGUUCCUCGAGUCUGUUUACUGUGUGUUUUCCCCUUAACUCGUGUGCGUAGUUGAGCCGUGUAGAGUUUUUUGUUGGUUUUCCUGGAUUUCCCCGUUUGUUGGUCUGUCACGACGUUCACUUUCUCUUUCUGUCUCUCUCUUUCUCUCUCUCAUUGAGAGGCAUUGAAUUACGUUUUCAGUAGUAAGGCUUCUUGCCGAUAUGAAGGGAACUUUUCAGAAAGAGACCUGCUCUGGGUCAUUUAAUUUUGAAUACAGUUUUCAAUCGUUCAAGUUUUGGAUGGUUUAUAUCUAAUGUGUGUUUCAUUUUUUUGGAAAGCUAUAUUUUGUAUUUAGGAAAUGGUAUAACUAUUUUGCUAUUUGUACUGAGUGAGUACAUUGGCAUAAAUAUAAAAAAUUUAUAUAUAUACAUAUAUAUAAAAUAUUCUUUUUGCCACACAUUUUUGUGGUAAAUUUGUGAGUUUGUCUGAUGUUCUACCACAACGUGGCGUCUGAUAACAGUGGGGUGGGGUGGGGUUUGUUAUGUCUUUAUUGAGUAUUUAAGUACUUUUUGCAACAUGAAUAACGUGUUCAUCUCUCGCCAUUCCAUCAGGCAGUGUUGGUCCAGCUGGCCACGAGAAGCUUCGCUCUGUGUUUGGUGUGUCCCUCACUCACAGCCUAGCCAGGAAACCCAGAGGCAUUUAGGAUGAUAUAAAAUAUGAAAUACUGGGGUUUCCCUCAGAAUGAGCCAUUCAGCUUUUCUCCACUCUCAUUGCCUAUUUAAUAUUUUAUUAUUAGCGCCUCUGUGUUUUAACUCCUAAUUUAUGAUUAUGCUCAAACGUUGGAUAUUUUAAUCAGGACAGAAAGAAUUCCCCACUGCAUCAUGUCCAGAGCUGCUUUAACCCCGACCCAGACCUUUUCUUUCUGUGUUUUAUUUGUUUUCCCCUGCUGAGACAAACCAUUACCAACACCUUGCAAUGGUUCACAACACGAAAGCAGCGGCCCCCAGCAGUGCCCAGGGCUGAGGGGCUGCUCAGGCUGAGAACAAUGGACCCAACAACGUCCAGAGGGCCGUGGAAGUCCACAGCCCCUCACUGGGAAAGGAACUGGUGGCGUUUGCAGGAUUUGUCCCAGGAUGAGCUGCUGGUGUCCCCUGGGGCCGUUGGACACAGGAGGAGUGACAGGAACCGUGGAUUCGUGUGCUGCUUCAGUGUGCUCCGUGUUCCGAAGGGCUCUAUCCGUGUGUUGGGCAGUGCCAAGUCACCAGGGACCAAUUCUCCGUGGAACAGGAUGAGUGCCCAGAAGAGAACCUCAUCCCAAGGCUGCCACAGCUCCGGGGAAGGGUAUGUUUGAAUUGUGGGCGUGUUCGAGGUCACUUACAAAGAGAAGAGAGAAAAAAACAUACACAAAAAACCAACCAAGGGCUGUGCUAUCCCAGUGUUCCCUUCUGGAAACACCUUCCUUUCCUCGUGUUAAACUUACCUGUUCAUUUUAGGUCAAUGUUUAAAUGUACAACACUCUGAACAUGUGAUUUGGUUACAAAAAGUAUUUGUGUGGUGAAGAGGUCGCUCAGCGGUCGGCGCGUGCUCGGCAGCGGCUCUGAGGGUGCAGGGUUGGAUCAGCCCCAGAGGAGCUCAGGACAAGCUGCAGGUGUCAGGCAGGGAGCACAGCCUGAGCCACGUCUGUUCCCCCAGGGCACGUUCUGAAUUUGGGCAGCAGAGCUGUGAGCCCUGUGCUCCAGGAGCACACGGAGCGCUGGCCUCGUGUCACCUGUGGAUGACAGAGGGGAUCCUGAGGUGUCAGUGUGUAAAUCCAGCACCCCUGGGGGUCCCACAGCACCCGUUUGUGGGCACAGCUGAGGGAGAUGGAGCUGCCAACCCCCCCCGUCCCCUCAGCUUUUACCCCGAGUGUGCCCAGAGCCCCCCCAGAGACCACAGAGCCAGCACUUGGUGCACAGUUUGAGCUGAACACCUCCUCUGGCACGGAGUUAGUGGUGCUUUGUGCUUAAUUAACAGUUGUUUUCUUAUUAAUUGCUUCCCCACUGCCUGAUCCUGCAGCAAGCCAAUGCUUUGCUCUUAUUUUAACACAAAGCUAGUUCAAGAAAUAGUUCCAGGCUGGCAGUUCUGAAGUGGAUGUCUGCUCUCUGAUCACUGAUUGUGAUCACUUCUAAUCACUGACAGGGUGGUUGCUUCCCAUGUAGUUCUGAGAUACGGCAUGAGCAGUUAAAGAUAACUUUGGCAGGUUUUUACUGGAAGCACCGAGUCUGGGCAGCUGUGUCAGUGGACAUUCCCCUCACUUGCAUAAGCUGAACUUCAUUUUUUAAAGUUCCCAUUGAUAUUUUGAUUUAGAAUCUAAUUUCUAAAAGGAAAAUAUGUCUGAAUGGAUUUUUAUUCCUGUUUUCUUGUGCCUCUGCUUGGCAAACUGUUGGGUUCUUUUUCCAGGGCCAUUGCAGGGGAGCAGAGGGAGCACAGAGAUGGAUCUGAGUGAGGGAAGCAGGAGAGAGCAGAGCUUGGCAUGCUCCGAGCUGUGGGGGAAGGUGAGAACAGGAACUGCUGGUCACUGGUGACUCCUCAUUAGUGCAGAACUGAGUUUAGAGGGGUUGGUGGGUUUUGUGUUCAGGGGGGCUCGAGGCAGCUCCAUUCUGUAGAAGCUAGAAGGGAACAGCAGUGGGAUGCUGUGCUUGUCCAGGGGCUUUGUUUAGCCUUUGUGGCAGCCUGUGAGCACUUUGUGUUCCUGCCCAGACCAGCUGUGCCAGCUGUGGUGCCCCGGGCAGGGCGUCUGUGCCACGGCACCGAGGGUCAGCCCUGGAAACGGGAUAAACGUGGUAGAAAGGAGGAGAAAUGCAGCAGGGGGUGAACUCCUGCAAAAGAGAACUUGUGAAAUCCUCCAGGGGAGUGGGGGACUUGGGGGGUUACACAGGAGGAGAGGCUUUUCCUCUCCCAGUCUGUACAGGGAUGUAAAUACACACUGCCUGUAUAUUCUAGGACUAUAUAUAUGUAUAUAGAGGAGUCAGAUUAUUAUAUAUAAAUAAUAGUAGACACAUGCAUAGAAUACUGUUAUAUUUACAUUUUUAUAAACAUGAAAUAAUACUCCUUUUCCUCAGUAGGAGGUUUUGUAGUAACUCAUGAGUAGCUGUCUCACACCUCUCAGUGUGGACGUGUGGCCAUGGUGGUGACCUGGCUCCAGGACUGCUCUGCUUGGGAACCUCGCUGGGGUCUGUGGGUUGGAAGCAGCUGUGGCCACUUUUGUCUUUCUGUAUCUUUUGGUUCAUCACUUGCAGAUGUGGUUUAGGAUGGAACUGACACCCAGGAUGAGGAUGAGCAUCCUCUGCUUCCCUGGAGCUGCUGCAGAGCCUGCUCCGUCCCCAGCCUUGCAGCAGUGGUGCAGACAGGGUGUGCUGGUGGCUGUGCUGCCGAGGGGCUGGGCUGACACCAGCCCCCUGUGCUGCAUGGUUCUGUGUAGCUGAAGGUCCCUGCUUGUGCUGGGUCAGGGAGGGGAAGCUCCUCUGCCAUUUCUCUUUAUUCUCAUGAGGGCAGGAGUCUGUAAACUGAUUUUUUUAACUGCCUCAACAGUGCAACAGUCAAAAUCUAGAAAACUCCUUAAAGGCCAGUGAAGCUCCCCUUGAAUUCUGUCUGUGAGGAACCUCCCACAACUCGUGCUGAUUUCUUGCAGGUUGUGUGAGGAAUUAAACACUAAGAAUCAUGGAAUCAUGCAAUAUCCUGAGCUGGAAGGGACCCACAGGGAUCAUCCAGUCCAAUCCCAGCCCUGCACAGACACCCCAACAAUCCCACCCUGUGCACCCCUCAGAGUGUUGACCAAACUCUCCUGGAGCUCUGGCAGCCUCGGGGCUGUGCCCGUUCCCUGGGGAGCCUGGGCAGUGCCCAGCACCCUCUGGGGGAAAAACCUUUUGUGAUCUCCAACCUAAACCUGCCCUGACACAGCUCCAGCCAUUAAAUCAGGUCAUACAGUCAUUAGUGUGUAUUGUGUCCAUCAUGACUUUCAAUUCCAGUCUGUGUUCCAGUGGAAUUUGUCAUGAGUGGAUCAGUGUUGUCCUGCUGCAGGUUUUCUUAAAUCACCUCACCUCACUGAGAGCCAAUAUCCUCCUUUGUUCUCUUGGAGUCUGCAGGGCUGAACUCUGCUUUUUCCAGAGAUUUGUCAUUUUUGGCUGUUACACUUCAUUGAAUUGCCCGGAGACAUUCACUGAGCAAGGACAGGGCAAGGAAUCCAGGGAUUCCUGCUCCCUGUUCAGGUUCCCAGGUUCUCACACCCUGCAGCCCUGUGUGACACAUUCCAGCUCCAGGCCUGGGGCUGGGGAAGGGCCCUGUGUUCACCUGGCAGGUAAAUAAAUGGCCUUGGAGCUGGAGCUGCCCGUGGAAGGGGCUCUGCCCCGAGUGCCCUGGGCAGGACCGUGGCUGCCUGUUGGGAGAACGUGUCCAGGGGGAGGUUCCUGUUGGAAGUGGCUCUUUGGGUGUUGCAGAACUGAGAUCCCAUUCCAGUAUCCUUAGCAGCCUGCAGCAUUCCUGAAGCUUUUUUGUUCUGGAUAAAAGGAGGCAAUUUGAAUUAUUUCCAUCUGAGCUGAUGCUGACUUUAGCUCCAACCCCUUCAGAGCAGAGCUCCAACCUCUGUCUCUGUCCCUGCGCCUCUGGUGGGCUCUCCCCUGCCUGCCAGAGGUUCUGGGUGCACCCUCGACCGCUGAGCUGCCUCUUCUGUGUCCUGCAAUGUGAAAGUAGCACCAGAUACUCCUUCGUGCAGUUCUGUGUAUAUGGCUUUCGUAGGUGGGUUUUCCAAGCACUGAUUCCCGGUGUUUUCAGUUUGUCUAUGAGGGGAUAUUUUAUUUGCAUCUAUGUUUUUAGCUCUCCUGUGAUAACUUGUUGAAUAUUAAAAAAAAAAAAUAUUUUGCUUCUAUUGGGACAUUUGUAUACUCGCAACUAUAUUUCUGUAAACAGCUGCAGUCGAGAAUAAACAAUGAAAGUUUUCAUUUUACAGUGUAAA